GACAGAAACAUUCGGCCUUUCUACUUGCACCUCUCCACUCACGUCGUUUCUUUUUUUCUGCCACUAUGACUGCUUUGUCCAUGCUCAAUAUGGCCGUUGAAGCCGGGCCUCUUAUUCACCAACGUUAUGAUGGGAUCGGUCUCGCCGAGUAUAUUCCCUUGCUCGCCAAUGGAACUUUUUUCUUUGAUGGGUCGGAUGGAGCCCCGCUCCAGGUCCGUCAUCUCCUUCCAGCAGACUGGAAGCCCGUCAAUGGACCACUUACGGUCUUGUUCGAUUCCGCCCCCCAUACCAUUAUUGGGACUCACUUCUCUAUCCACAAUCAUCCCAUUUACAAGCUUAACGAUGGUUCUAUCUUUGUUGUCUUGGACCUGGCCACCAAGCACGGUUUUGAGUUUACCAAUCAAUCUUUCAUGGACCCCCAGCUUGAGGUCUCCGGGGAAAACCGUUUCUUGCGUCUCGUUACCAAUGACCAAGACUUCGCCUACCAUGGCUCUAGUCUUAGCAUGAUUCAUGACAAGGGCGUUAAGCGCCCUGCCAAUGCGUUUAUCUUGUUCAGAACGGACAAAAUGAAGCCCCUCAAGGCUCAGUACCCGGAGAUGGGCAACAACGAUAUCUCCAAGAUUCUCGGUCGCAUGUGGCAGAAUUCCUCGGAUGAGGUCAAAAAUGUUUAUAAGGCAAGGGCCCAUCAGCUUGCGGUUUCCCACAAGUUGAUCAACCCGGAUUACAAAUACUCCCCGCGCCGCUCUCGCGAAAUCAUGAGGAGGGGCUCCGGGAAUAAAGGUCCUUCGGCCCGUAUCGACCUUCAUCGUGCUGGUGUUGCGAAGCGUGGAAAAAAGAGGAUCAUUACCCACCUUGGGUUCCUCACUCAACGUUUCGCGACUCACCCCACUGCUAACAAUCUCGGUGAUAUCAUCGAGGAAGCCGAAAAGGUCUUGAAGGCCUUUGGUAUGGUCAAUUGAGUGAUCUCUACGGAGGGACUCAUCGGUACCUGGGUGGUAUACUUUUAAUGGGAGGGAUGAUCUUGUCUAUCAAAGGUCAUUCAUUAUCUCAGUCGACUAAAUUUAUGACCUAAAUAGAUAAAAAAUAUCUUUUAAAACCAAAA